CUGACUCGAAUGAAAAAUUGAAGAAAAAAAUUUUAAUUAAAAAAGUUGAGAAAAAGGAACAAAAACAAAAAUGAAAUCGAUGAAUAAUAAUUGGUGGAGGCAUCUCAUCCUUCAAAUUUUUAUUAUUCAGCACAUCGUGUGCAUAGUAAAUUGUGUUUGUCGGAAUGGGAGGAUUUUGAAACAGGGUAUAACGGAUGAAGAGAGAAGACUGAUAUUAGAGGAGCACAAUUUCUUGAGGCAAACAGUUGCAACAGGUCACGUACCAGGUCAACCAGCUGCACAGAACAUGCAAGAGAUGCGCUGGGACGAUGAACUUGCUGUUCGAGCACAAAUGUGGUCAAACGUAUGCACAUUUGCUCAUGAUCCAAGUCGUUAUCUAGAUCGUUUCAUCAUGGGACAGAAUGUUGGAUUGCUAUGGAGUACAAUUCCUCUUGCUGACGAUGAUGGUGAUUUUCCGUCACGAGUCAAAAAUUGGUUUAACGAAGUUCAAAAGUACGCAUGGGGUGCGAAAUGGUCUGUCAAGACGGGACAUUAUUCACAACUCGUAUGGGGUGAUACUAAUCUGGUAGGAUGCGGUUUCACAUAUUAUCAGGAUACAAAUAAUGGAUUGUUCAACAAAAUAUACGUUUGCAAUUAUGGACCAGGUGGGAAUGUGUUGGGUGCAAAACCGUAUCAAAUUGGAUAUCCAAAGUGUCGUAAUUACGGUAUGUCUGAUUCAUCAAAAUAUCCUGGCUUAUGUAAGCAUCAAUUAGGCGAAGAUGUUGUUGUAAACGCAGGUAAUGAGUACGUUACCCUGGAAUUGAAUUCAAUUAAUACCCAACGGAAAAAUUCAGCCGCCCAUUACACGUAUAAAACGUACAACACAGAAUAUGAUAAUAAAAGAAUGUUAGGCAGUAGCAGCAGUACAUCAAACAGCGUUCCAUUUUAUGUGAAUCAACACCAGCGGACACAGAAUUACAACAGCAUCAACAAUAACAUCAAAAUUGCAAAUAAUGAACUUCAUUCAUUCGUUAAGCGCCAACAGCAAUCUUCUUAUCAUCAUCAACAACAAUACAACAGUAAUCAAGCAUCAUCGUCAUUCCCAUCGUCAUCAGCGUCUGUGGUGGUGGGACAACGUCAAUCAAAUUUCCAGCAACAAAAUCAACAAACGACGCCUUUUCUUCAAGCUUAUAAUCAGCACAUACAACAAAAUAUGGAAAAGCGACCCAUCGAUAAAAACAAUCCUUUUCAAACAUAUCGAUGGGAUCAACUUUUCAAGAAUUAUGUAUAAGAGUAAAUAGAAAUUUGAUAUAUAUUGAUUUUAUAGCCCAAGUUCUAUUCAAUAGAAUAAUGUGCUUUAUUAUUUAUUUUUGACUGGUCGUUAAUAAUAUUAGGAAUAAAUUGUAUGUAGAUAAUAAAUAGAAUAUUGAACUUUAUAAAAGUUUUAUUGUGUGAUUGAUGAUGUGUCG